AUCAUUUAUUCAUCCAUGCAAAAUCUAUUUUCUCCAAUCGAAAGUGUUCAUAUACUUUUAAGAUCAUGGCGGACAAGCAAGUCAAAGUUGCGUUGUGGGGAGUGCCUCGAACGAUGUCGACGGUGUUUACAAAAUGCAUCAGUGCCAUUGGCGGGAUUGAAGUUUAUCUGGAGCUUUAUUCGUAUUCUAAAACAGCGAAUGGCGUUUUCAAAUCAGCGACCGGUCGUGACCUGCCAAAGAAACUGGAAGGGAAUGAGGCGGUAUACGCCGAAGUCGUAGAGGUGUUUAAGAAGGAAACGAAUAGCACUUUGAUACCAAAAAGAAUUUCAUGUUGUGAAAUAAAACGAGAUUUGGAGACCACCAAGAGUAGGUUUAUCUUUAUGAAGGAGAUGGCCUUUACCGAUUACAUCAUAGAGUAUCUUCCUGAAGGCUUCAAGCACGUUUUCCUUAUUAGAGAACCAACGAAGGUCUACACGUCUUUCCGGAAAGGACUGAUGGCAUUGGGAAUGUUUAAUCUUAAUGAAGAUGAUGUCGACAUCAUACGCGACGAUAAAACACAAAUACAGCCGAUGUCGUGGUACAAGGAACAGCAUCAGUUAUGGAAAUAUGUUAAAGAAAAUAUCGACCCCAACCCCAUCAUCAUUGACGCUUACGAUCUAGCCAGGAACCCGCAAGGGAUCUUGAAACGAUUCUGUGAAGCUGUUGGAUUUCCCUACAGUGAUAACCUUCUGCUGUGGUCGCCGAGUCGCGAGUUCCCGGAGAACUUCGUGACGGCUGGCGAAAACCUCUUCAGGUCGUUCUCUGUGAUGUAUAAGACGGCAUUCAGCAGCACACAUUUCAUGGCGCCUUCCGUAAAGGGACCAUUACCACGUGAUCAGCUGACAGAUGACGUCAUCCAAUGUGUGGAGUAUUCCAAUCCAUUUUACCAUGAGAUGUACAAGGAAAGAAUGCAAGUCUCUUGAAAAUGCAUUGUUCCUGCUCUGUACAAAUUAAGAGAGCUAGCGCGUGCAGAAACAUUUAUUUGUUUUCCUGCUUCCUUUGUUAAUUUUCAGCGUCCCCCAUGAGGAUUAUAAUGUGUAAACUAAGCAAAGUAUAUCCAAAAUAUCACAAUGAUGUCAUUAAGAUGGUUUUAAAGAUAAUGGGAUGAUCCCCUAUGUAUAUAGUAUUCAAAGGUGAAACCAAUUAUCCAAUGUAGGCCUACAUGGUUUCUCGUCCUACGCAAUGCACUAUUUAUAUGAUGAUUUGUGUUGGCAAUUUUUGUUUAAUUGUUUGCCUAUUUUCUUUUGA